AUGUCUAAGAAAUGGUUGAAUCCGCCACUGUCGCUUCAGCCCCGGGUGGUUUCGACAGCACCCAGUGACGAAGAAGGCGCCAAUGUCAUUCUGUCGAAUAACAGCGGGCAUCAAAUUGUUAUUUCACCCAGCUUGUUCUCUGUACGCGACUCGAGCCUCGACGGGGCCCAAUAUGCCACUGCCGGACCCGUCCAUGACGGGAUGCUUGACCUCCCGUCUGCAGUACCCUUUCAAGAGGCCAUCACACCCGCAUUACCUUCUGCUGAAUUCCCGAGUUCAGUUCGGGGCUUUGCCUCGCCACCAGUGACUUCAUCCACCAUGAAUUUCGGCACUUCUCCAUCAAGCAUCGUCGCUUCCUACCUACCUUCAACCCCUGUUGAUAGGCGGCUGUCCACCCAAUCCAGCGACCGGCCUAUGCUUCCUGUUUCCGCUGAUGUCGCCGCGUCAGGGGCAACCGGUGCGAAUUUGCACCGUACCUCUUCCCAGUACUCGACUACGACCAUUGACAGCUCGGAUCCACAUUUUCCUCUAGACAUCACCCAAUUUCCCCGUCCUCCGCUCUCAGAAACCAGCUCUGCUGAACCUUCGCCGACCGCACGGGGGUUCACGAGCCCGGCGUAUGCAGCCUUUCUGAGGAAAACAACUAGACUAAACCCGCCCGCCUCGCCUCUAUACGAAGUGUCCGAACCGUCAACCAGUCGCCCCUUGACACCAGUCGCUGGGAAUGUAUCCUAUCGGUACCCCUUUGCAACCUCGGAUCACCAUUCCGUAUCACCAUUCGGCAUCAGAAUCGAGGAUGAAGCUCAGACGACAAACUUUGACGACGGUGCAACCGCCACUGCCUCUCUACAUGUGCCGCCAUCACCAGCGUUGACACCAUCGAAUCGGGGGUCAUACAACUCGCACCUUACAGUUGCUUCUCAAGGGUCAUCGACCAGACAUAGCCUCGCAGAGACGUUUGGUCAAAACUCUCCGCAGCCUUCUCCGGCCUGGGAUCAGGUCCUUACGGUGGUCAAGCCUGACUGGAACUCGUCGGAUCCAGCAAUUCAACCUCAUAUACCAGUGUCACCAGAGCCUUCUUCACUGUCGACAAAGGCCGCCGUCGGGACCAGCACUACAGGUCGCACUGACAAUAGUCUAGUAGCACCUACCCAACCCUCUGGAAGCUUCCUGAGUCCCAUGAGUGGCGAGAGUAGCUCGGAUGUGUACUCUGCGAUUGGACGAAUGGACUUUCCUCGACCACCGAGUGAUCAAAUGUCGUCUGGAGAAGCUUCAUCACCAGUCACACCUGGUCCUCCACGAUCCCCUUGGGUCACUGGUGUCACUCUCAAAUCGCUCAGUAGACGAGGUUCUGCCAACUCGAGACGGCGGCAUGAGGACUCACCGCUGAAGCCAUUAUCUCCGGUUGCGCCUCCGCUCCCAAUCCGUGUGGUCGACAUGAGCAAUCAACCAUCGUCUUCUGGGCAUGCAGGACCCACGGAGAUGGUUUCACCGGUUGAUCCUCCUGUCGAGUUUACCUAUCCCUCGGGUGCCAAGGAAUCGGCAGUGUCCCACCAAGAGGCUCUUUCAGUUGAGCAACGAAGUAGCAAGCUUUCUGUCGAAGCACCGUCGUACGACCGUCGUCUCUCGGACCUCGUUCGCGGGAUGGUUCCUGCUCCAAGAGAGUCGGUUGUGAGCGCGGCGACGAUUACAACCGAUAGCGACCGGAGCAGUGUGGAUGGUGCCGUCGUAGGCGUAGCACGGACUGCAAGUCUCUCUGCGCGGGCCAAAGCCCUUUUGACUCGAGGUCCAUCGAUCGGUCAUGCAAGCCAAGAUACUGCAAUCCCCUAUCUCGUACCAUCACCACUGCCAUCAGCUGCAUUGACCGAGGACUCCGCCACGCUAGGUCAAUCCAAUCCUGACUCCGUUGCACCACUCAAGCUACGGACGGUUGACAUUCGUAACGAUUAUCUCUCUGCAAUCUCGCCACUUCAUCCCCCUCCACCGAUCAAGGAUAUGGCUGUUUUCCCUGAGAGCGUGCGCUCAGGAUCAUUUGACGACGUUGGAAGCCAAUUGAGCCUCCAGCGAUACCCGACCAACGACAUUCCUCAUUCAGCAGUGCCCCUCAAUCAAUCCACUCCCUUUCAGAAUCAGUUCCCUACGUCUGUCGUCCCCACCUCUUUCCGCUCCUUGCAACCCAAUUUCGCAAGCGACUCGUCAGAGUCCCCUCGGUCGCGCUCGCCGUCAAAGCGACGGUCUAAUAGGUCCUCAGUCAUGUCUUCGUUGACGCGUGCGUCCUCAAGGGCGGCCAAGGCAAUGAGUUUCUUCCGCAGAAAGCCACUGCCACCUCUCCCAACUACGCUUCCAAACGAUAGCAAAGAGAAGAAGUAUCCGAAUCCAGAUGAAAAUAUGUCUGCCCCCGACCCAGCUGUCCGAGCAGCCGUCAUGGAUCAGUAUCUAGCAGCGGGCGACCUGCCGUACAAGAGCCCUGUUACGUCGCCGACAACUGCCCAAGUUCAUGGGCCAGUUAUCCAACAAGAUGCACAGAGGCGCUCGAUUCAUUCUGUGCUAAGCUCGCUCUCAGAUAGGGCUCGAGCGAAUCAUAGGAGGGCUCGAAGCGCCGGGUUUGCUCAGAUACCGGAUUCGAAGCUAGAAGCCAAUCUUCCUCGCAAGUCACGGCCAUCCAGCUUUGUGGCGACCAAACGACGGCGACUCGUGAUUGCGUUCCUAUUCCUCUGUGUCUGUGCAGUGGGUAUUGCAGCGGGCGUCAUCUUUGGUAGACCACAACCGAAAUCAGACAACGCGCCCAUCUGUGAGGAUGGAGCCAUGACCGGUGCAUCGUGUCAAAUCAAUGCCACUUGUGUCUGCACGUCCAAGGUUGCGGGGCGAUGUAGUCCAGUAGCACAGGGCUUGCUCGAUCUCUUGCCUUCCGUGAACCAGCUUUUCAACAUCAAUGCCACCGAAGAUAACCUAGCCUUGACGCUUUGGGAUCUUCAAGGCCAGCCAGCCUCAAGCUGUGCAUCCCAGGCCGUUCUGGUGGACGUUGCCCCUGCGUUGAACCAAACGACGUCGCCGAACCGCACAGAAUGGGCUCGUGCGGCCAUCCUUUACAACUUGCUCCAAACUGUCGAUCUCGAUUCGACUGCCCGGCUUCGCAAAUCCGUCUCCCAAGCCGACUUUAGCAAGUUGCCAGGAAAUGACGGGCCAGUGACAGGAGAUUCUCUACGCAUUGUCUUCGAGUCGUCGGGCUUUAUGUUUGAUUUUGCAUCCAUGUCGUUCCUGCCUGGUGCUGUCGAAUGGAAAGAGGAUUCGGGCGUGAAUCAGACACAGGCAGGACGAGUUGGCUUCGUUGCAGAUCGUGCUCUGGAUCGGAUGUACUCGUUCUCUUCAGCCUCCUCGGUUCAACGGUCAACGGCACUUGCUCGCUAUUGGGCGGCGGUAUUGCAACUACCGGAAUCAGACCUAGGCAAGUUCACCACUGCUCUUGCCAACUCGCCGGUUCUAUUACCGUUCAAUACAUUUUCGAGUGCCAUUGUCAAUUUCCUCAAUUCUACCACCGAUAAUCAGGGCAUCUCGCUCCCUGCUCCAGUUGCAUGCCUUACUAGCGUCCAAUCGGCAGGAAGGAACAACACCAACAUCGUUGAGCAAAAUGCCUAUGGUCUUGAACCCCUGGGAAGUGCUCCAACGGAUUUGCAGGCCGAAUGCUUUCCCAACAGGCCUGUCUACGGUGUACUCGAUCCGUUGCGCCUGCGUCGGCCCUUUUCGGACAACCGCAAUAGCAUGCGUAUACCAGCAGCGCAGCUGAUUGCUUCCGCUGCUCCAAGGGUUGUGCUUCACACGGGUGAACAACUCGUUGGACUUGCUGGCUCACGCGACGAAGGAGUUGCUACUCAACGUACUCUGUCCACGACGGAAGCGGACCCACGAAACUAUGGGACGAUGACGCAUCUUAACCAUGUUGCUCUCUCAUACCUCCAAUCGUUCUCCAGUCCAUCACUCGCGGCUGAAGCGGCUCGCUAUAUUCUCACGGCUACCGACGGCAGUGCCCCUCCCAAUGCAGGAGAUGCAUUGUUUGAUCAAACGAAUGGCUUCGCCAACCUCCCCGUCAUCGAGGUUGCAGUGUUUGGCACAAUCCUCCCCGAUGAUAUCGACGUAUUCCAUGCGGACUUUGGGACACCAAACGGCACUCUCUUCUUUGGAUCAAAGGAUGGGGACACAUUUCGUCAAUGGGCACUCCGAAAGGAUGAGGAUGUCAUUCUGUGGUCAGAAUCGGCAUCUGCUUCGCAAGCAGUGCAUGAAUCGAGGCGUAGAGACACGUCCUUCGAAUCGAUCUGGGACCAGGCCACCGCGCUCAUUGAGGCCGCUGCCGCCGUUGGUCGGGGUACGGGAGCGCCGGAGAUUCGACAAAUCGUAAAAGCUCUCGAGGACGCGCAUCUGUUUACAUGA